AUGUCGGGGCGCUGGGCUCAGGGCCCCAGGUUGGGGCUCCUGCUGGCGCUGCUGCUGGCGCUGGGCGAGCUGCCGCGAGCGCGGGGCGUCGAGGAGGAGCCUGGCGGCGCGCACGGGGAGACCCAGGGCUUCCAGGUGGUCACCUUCAAAUGGCACCACGUCCAGGACCCGUACAUCAUCGCGCUGUGGAUCCUCGUGGCCAGCCUGGCCAAGAUCGGCUUCCACCUGUCCCACAAGGUCACCAGUGUGGUCCCUGAGAGUGCCCUGCUCAUCGUACUGGGCCUGGUGCUGGGCGGCAUCGUCCUGGCGGCCGACCACAUCGCCUCCUUCUCCCUCACGCCCACGGUGUUCUUCUUCUACCUGCUGCCGCCCAUUGUGCUGGACGCUGGCUACUUCAUGCCCAACCGGCUCUUUUUUGGCAACCUGGGCACCAUCCUGCUGUAUGCGGUCAUUGGCACUGUGUGGAACGCGGCCACCACUGGGCUGUCGCUCUACGGUGUCUUCCUCAGUGGCCUGAUGGGAGACCUGAACAUCGGGCUACUGGACUUCCUCCUGUUCGGCAGCCUGAUAGCCGCCGUGGACCCAGUGGCCGUGCUGGCUGUGUUUGAGGAGGUGCAUGUCAACGAGGUGCUGUUCAUCAUCGUCUUCGGGGAGUCCCUGCUCAAUGACGCCGUCACCGUGGUCCUGUACAAUGUGUUUGAAUCUUUUGUGACGUUGGGUGGCGACAAGGUGACCGGCGUGGACUGCGUGAAAGGAAUAGUGUCCUUCUUCGUGGUGAGCCUGGGGGGCACGCUGGUGGGCAUCGUGUUUGCCUUCCUGCUCUCCCUGGUGACACGCUUCACCAAGCGCGUGCGCAUCAUCGAGCCCGGCUUCGUGUUUGUCCUCUCCUACCUGUCCUAUCUCACGUCCGAGAUGCUGUCCCUGUCGGCCAUUCUGGCCAUCACCUUCUGUGGCAUCUGCUGCCAGAAGUACGUAAAGGCCAACAUCUCAGAACAGUCAGCCACCACGGUGCGCUACACCAUGAAGAUGCUGGCCAGCGGGGCUGAGACCAUCAUUUUCAUGUUCCUGGGCAUCUCGGCUGUGGACCCUCUCAUCUGGAAGUGGAACACAGCCUUCGUGCUCCUGACACUGCUCUUCAUCUCCGUGUACAGGGCCAUAGGGGUCAUCCUGCAGACCUGGAUUCUGAAUCGGUACCGGAUGGUGCAGCUGGAGAUCAUAGACCAGGUGGUCAUGUCCUACGGUGGCCUCCGAGGAGCUGUGGCUUACGCCCUGGUGGUCCUCCUGGACGAGAACAAGGUCAAGGAGAAGAACCUGUUUGUCAGCACCACCAUCAUCGUCAUCUUCUUCACCGUCAUCUUCCAGGGCCUGACCAUUAAGCCCCUGGUGCAGUGGCUGAAGGUGAAGAGAAGUGAACAGCGAGACCCCAAGCUCAACGAGAAGCUGCACGGCCGGGCUUUCGACCACAUCCUCUCGGCCAUCGAGGACAUAUCAGGGCAAAUCGGACACAAUUAUCUGAGAGAUAAGUGGUCCAAUUUUGAUAGGAAAUUCCUCAGCAAAAUCCUCAUGAGAAGGUCGGCUCAGAAGUCUCGUGAUCGGAUUCUGAACGUUUUCCACGAGCUCAACUUGAAGGAUGCCAUCAGCUACGUAGCCGAGGGAGAGCGCCGUGGGUCCCUGGCCUUCAUCCGUUCCCCCAGCACGGACAACAUGGUCAACGUGGACUUCAGCACCCCACGCCCCUCCACUGUGGAGGCCUCCGUCUCCUACCUCCUGAGGGAGAACGUUAGUGCCGUGCGCCUGGACAUGCAGUCCCUGGAGCAGCGGCGGCAGAGCAUCCGGGAUGCAGAGGACAUGAUCACCCACCACACGCUGCAGCAGUACCUGUACAAGCCCCGGCAGGAGUACAAACAUCUCUACAGCCGGCACGGGCUGACCGCGGAUGAGGACGAGAAGCAGGACACCGAGAUCUUCCACAGGACCAUGCGGAAGCGCCUGGAGUCCUUCAAGUCAGCCAAGCUGGGGAUCAACCCCCACAAGAAGGCCGCUAAGCUGCUCAAGAGGGAGCGCGCCCAGAAGCGGAGAAACAGCAGCAUUCCCAAUGGGAAACUGCCGAUGGUGAGCUCCCUGCAGGACUUCACCAUCAAGGAGAAAGAUUUGGAACUCUCAGACACUGAGGAAGCCCCCAACUAUGAUGCUGAGAUGAGUGGGGGGAUCGAGUUCCUGGCAAACAUCGCGCAGGACACAGCGACAGACUCCCCCUCAGGAAUUGACAACCCCGCGUUUUCCCCGGAGGAGAGCCCCGGCAUCCUCUCUGGGGUGCCGCCCUGGCUGUGUCCCGGGGAGGCGGUGGUGCCCUCCCAGAGGGCCCGCCUGCAGAUCCCCCACUCCCCUGGCAACUUCCACCGCCUGGCGCCCUUCCGCCUCAGCGGCAAGUCCGUGGACUCGUUCCUGCUGGCCGACGGCCCCGAGGAGCAGCCGCAUGCCGCCCCGCCCGAGUCCACACACAUGUAA